AUCUUUUUAUUACAGAGCGUAUUUAUAAGAGAUGUAAUGAUGCCAGGAGAAUGGGAUGUAUGCAUAACAUCAUACGAAAUGAUAAUAAGAGAAAAAUCCGUAUUUAAAAAAUUCAAUUGGAGAUAUAUGGUUGUCGACGAAGCGCACAGAAUCAAAAACGAAAAAUCGAAACUUUCCGAAAUUCUCCGCGAAUUUAAGACCACAAACCGCCUACUACUCACUGGAACGCCGUUGCAAAAUAAUCUCCACGAGCUUUGGUCACUUUUAAAUUUCUUACUUCCCGACGUAUUUAAUUCGGCGGACGACUUCGACGCAUGGUUUAACACAAACCUGUGCCUGGGUGAUAACGCUUUGGUGGAACGGCUACACGCCGUACUCAAACCUUUCCUGUUGAGAAGAUUAAAGUCCGAAGUGGAGAAGCGACUUAAGCCGAAGAAAGAAGUGAAAGUCUACGUUGGGCUUAGUAAAAUGCAGCGAGAAUGGUACACUAAGGUGCUUAUGAAAGAUAUCGAUAUCGUGAAUGGCGCGGGAAAAAUCGAAAAGAUGAGGCUGCAAAACAUUCUUAUGCAGCUUCGCAAAUGUACCAAUCAUCCUUAUCUUUUUGACGGCGCGGAACCCGGUCCGCCGUACACGACCGACGAACAUCUGGUGUAUAACUGUGGAAAAUUGGUUAUACUUGAUAAACUACUGCCAAAGUUAAGGGAGCAAGGUUCUCGUGUCCUUAUAUUCUCGCAGAUGACUAGGAUGUUAGAUAUAUUAGAAGAUUAUUGUCUAUGGCGGCAAUAUAAUUACUGUCGAUUGGAUGGGCAAACGAAUCAUGAAGAUCGACAACGCCAAAUCAAUGAAUUCAACGAAGACAAUAGUGCGAAAUUCGUUUUCAUGUUGUCAACUAGGGCGGGCGGUCUCGGUAUAAAUUUGGCAACGGCGGACGUUGUAAUCAUUUACGAUUCCGACUGGAAUCCACAGAUGGAUCUUCAAGCUAUGGAUCGCGCGCACAGAAUUGGCCAAACCAAGCAAGUUCGCGUGUUUAGAUUUAUAACUGAAAACACUGUCGAGGAGAAGAUAGUCGAACGCGCCGAAGUUAAGUUAAGAUUAGAUAAAUUAGUUAUACAGCAGGGACGAUUAGCUGAUAAUAAAUCGACCACUUUAAAUAAAGACGAAAUGUUGAAUAUGAUCCGACAUGGUGCAAAUCACGUUUUUGCCUCCAAAGAUUCCGAAAUUACCGACGAAGAUAUUGAUACAAUAUUACAAAAAGGAGAAGCAAAGACUGCAGAGCUUAAUCAGAAAUUCGAAGCGUUAGGCGAAUCAUCUUUGCGUAAUUUUACAGUCGACACUCCCAGCGAAUCUGUGUAUAAAUUCGAGGGGGAGGAUUACCGAGAAAAACAGAAGACUACGGGUAUCGGUCAUUGGAUCGAACCUCCAAAACGUGAGCGUAAAGCCAAUUACGCGGUCGACGCAUAUUUCCGAGAAGCUCUCAGAGUGUCGGAACCAAAAGCACCAAAGGCUCCUAGACCUCCGAAGCAACCAAUUGUGCAGGACUUCCAGUUUUUCCCGCCGCGCCUAUUCGAACUUUUAGAUCAGGAAAUCUACUAUUUCCGAAAAACGUUAGGUUAUAAAGUUCCGAAAAACUCCGAGCUAGGUCCCGAGGCGAGCAAACAGCAAAAGGAAGAGCAAAGAAAAAUCGACGACUCCGAGCCUCUCACGGAAGACGAGCAGCAAGAGAAGGAGAAUCUGCUAACGCAGGGCUUUACUAAUUGGACGAAACGGGAUUUUAACCAAUUUAUUAAGGCCAACGAAAAAUAUGGGCGCGACGAUAUCGAGAAUAUCGCGAAGGAAGUGGAAGGGAAGACGCCCGAAGAGGUGAUGGAGUAUUCGGCGGUGUUUUGGGAGCGUUGUCACGAAUUGACGGACAUUGAUCGGAUUAUGGCGCAGAUUGAACGCGGCGAGGCGAAGAUACAGCGUCGCGCGAGCAUCAAGAGGGCGCUGGACGCAAAAAUGGCGCGAUACAGAGCGCCAUUUCAUCAACUGCGAAUCGCCUACGGCACUAACAAAGGGAAAAACUACAUGGAAGAGGAGGAUCGAUUUCUCGUUUGCAUGCUGCAUAAACUUGGUUUCGAUAGGGAAAACGUGUACGAAGAGUUACGAGCGGCAAUUCGGGCGUCACCGCAAUUUCGAUUCGAUUGGUUCUUGAAAUCUCGCACCGCCAUGGAGUUGCAAAGAAGGUGUAAUACUCUCAUCACUUUAAUUGAGAGAGAAAAUCAAGAAUUGGAAGAGAAGGAGAAGGCGGAACGUAAGAAAAAGUUACCCAAAGCUGUUACCAUGCCAGGUUUGCCUACACAACCUCUCAACAAGACUGGACAAAAACGCAAAAACGACAAUAGCAUUGGAAAUGUAGAAAAAAAAAAAAAGAAAAAAUGAGG